AAAUCUUGCGUUUAUAUAAUUGUAUGAGUCAGUUAGGAAUUUUAUAGCGCUGGUCUGCGUUUCAGCACAUGUUGCGGUGAAAGGAAAUUAAAUUGUCGAUGCAUUAGCCAAAAAAGUGUUGGAGAAGGACAGAGCUGAAACUGAAGCCGGAAUGAAUUAUAAUGAAAAGUAGAAUAAAUGUGGAAAAGUGGGAAGGAGCAGUUAAAGGCAGAUACUUGUAUAUGAUUCAUAACAAUGUUAUCCCUUUUAAAUAGGUAAGAAAAAACCAGAGAAGAAGUAAUAUUAAGUAGGCUAAGGAUUGUAUUUAUAGGUCGACACGGAGAUGGAAAUUGUAAGAUGCGGCUCAAAGGAAACAACCAAGUGUUACUCCACUCUAUUCUGUAUAAAAAUCAAAGAUGAACACUAAAAUGAACACUAUCAUUAAAGCAUCUAAUCUGGGGGAAAACAACAACAGCACUGUUACAAGCAAGGAACUAAUGAAAUUUAGCAGAAACACGGGACUUUGGAAUUUAGUGUAUUAAAUGGAUAAAGGAGUUUUCCCUCCGCACAGGAGGUGGCGGUAAUAUACCAAGAGUAUUACCAAAGAAGAAGAAUUGCACACCUAUCUUGUUGCUUGGAGUCUUUUGAGUUUGUAAUCAUAACCUUUGAGGAAGUAUUUACGCUAAUAUCACCUCGCUCCAUGCAUUUAUUACCCCUUGGUUGAUAUUAGUCCAGGGGUUUUUACACGGUUUUCUCUUAAUGCAAUGACAGUUUUUCUAGUGACCACAAUGAAAAGUUUCAUCCAUCAGCUGGAAAUAACAAGCGCAACGCUUGCAACAUUGCUGUUAUGUGCCGGCGUUUUUGUUACAACAGCCUUAUUUGGGGUGAGCCCGGAGAUACUAUCAUUGCAGCCUGAUGGGCUGGCUCAUUUGAAAGUAUACAAGUUAUUGAGCUACACAUUCUUCCAUGCUGACAUUAACUCUUUAUUGUGUAAUAUUGUUAUACUCUGGUACUUUGGCAUCAGCUUGGAAAAAAGCGUGGGAACUGUGAAAUACUGUUAUUAUUUUGUCAUCUUCUCAGUUUUUCCUGGAUUACUUUGCAUUUUUUUGGAAUAUGUCUUAUAUGGACUGGAAGGAAAUGAAGAUCUUCAAGGACUCACGUCUGUGGUAUUUGCCAUGAUUGGCAUGUCAUCUGUUAAGUCGUCGAUGAGGAGAACUCUGUUUUUUGGGAUCAAUAUUCCAACAGUAGCAGUUCCUUGGCUUCUACUAAUAUUUGCUCUUGCUGUCCCAGGUUCCUCUUUCCUCUGCAAUGUCAGUAGUAUUAUUAUAGGAAAAAUCUAUGGUAAGGGAUUUUGUGUAUUGCUAGAUUUUUCUGAAGCAAAAGCGUCAUUGUUGGAUAAGAAAAUGCCUUUUCGAUUUUUACGAAAAUGGGAGAAGAUUGGGUACGUUCCCGCUUCCCUCAGUGAAAGGAGAUCUAUGCAACAGAAAAGAAUAAAUCCACGUCCAGGGCUAUACCCAACUCAAGCUUAUGCUCCUGUUCAAAACAAUCCUGUGCCGCACAGAACAGAUCCUUACUUCCAAGCACAUGGAGGCUGGGUGAACUCUGCUUCUCAUCAUUUUGCUGAGAGCUGGCAAAUGCCUUUACAUGGACGAGAUCCCAGGCAGCUUUACGAGUCAAGACACGGUCAAAUAGGAGCAGUAUGUUCUGAGCCAUCUGAGAUAAUUACACUCCAGAAGAAUCCUGUUAAAACUUCUGGACCAUUAUUCCCCGAUUUAAAUGCUCAACAAAGCACCUUCUAGAUCUGUACACUCUUCUUUGAAAAUAAUCCAUUGGAUUGAAUUCCAAAAAAGGGUUUCUAAAGUCUGGUGGUGUACAAGGACAAUUAUUUAAUGGAUUUCUUUCAAUGUGUGUUAAAAGCAGAUUAUUUCCUAAUUAUAUAAUUUUUUCCACAUCAAUUGAAAUCCUUUUUAUAUAAGCUUAAAGAAACAUUCUAAAUACUUAGUUUUUUAAAUAUGGAAUUUAUGUAUGGUUGGGGAAGUGAAGAUUUUUUUUUUAACUUUAAUAAUAUUUUUGUGUCUUAAAAGUCACUGGGAAGAUAUUUCAAUAACAGAUUUCUUAAUAAACAUUUACUUUGGUUAAAUGUU